CGGAGGUGCUCCCCUUUUGCUUCCGCCAUGGAAAUCUGAAACGGUUCCUACAAACCUAAAGAUAUGAUGAAUUGCUUUCCUUGUUUUUCAAGGAAUGAUGAAGAAAAUGGGGAAUCGGGCUCCGAGUUUCUAAGAGGGUUUAAGUCUGCGGUGAACAAAAGCGACAAAACAAAGCCAAUUAACUCAAGCUCAAUAAACAAAGAUGGAGCCAAUGGCAAUCAUCAAACUCAGACAUUCACCUUUCACGAAUUAGCAUCAGCCACAAAAAAUUUCAGUCCUGAUUGUCUCAUAGGUGAAGGAAGUUUUGGAAGAGUUUAUAAAGGAUACUUAGAGAGCACCGGACAGGUUGUGGCUGUAAAACAACUAGACAGGAAUGGGCUGCAAGGAAGCAGAGAAUUUACUGUGGAAGUUCUAAUGCUCAGUCUUCUUCACCAUCCAAAUCUUGUGAAUCUCAUUGGGUAUUGUGCAGAUGGUGAACAGAGGCUGCUUGUGUAUGAGUUCAUGCCUUUGGGCUCUUUGGAAGAUCAUCUCCUUGAUCUGAAGUCUGAUAAGAAGCCAUUAAAAUGGUACACUCGAAUGAAGAUCGCCUAUGGUGCUGCUCAAGGACUAGAAUAUCUUCAUGAGAAGGCGAAUCCUCCGGUAAUCUACCGAGACCUGAAAUCAUCAAAUAUUUUACUAGGUGAAGACUAUAAUCCAAAGCUUUCAGACUUUGGCCUUGCAAAACUAGGCCCUGGAGGAGGCGACUUCAAUGUUGCUUCCUGUGUGAUGGGCACUUACGGUUAUUGUGCUCCUGAAUAUGCCACAGUUGGUGAGCUCACACUCAGAUCAGAUGUUUACAGUUUUGGAGUAGUUCUUCUUGAGCUAAUCAGUGGAAGAAGAGUCAUCGACACGGCCCGUAGCAUAGAUGAGCAGAAUUUGGUUGCUUGGGCACAAUCAAUGUUCAAGGAUCAAAAGAGAUUCCCAGAGAUAGUUGACCCCCUUCUUAACUACGCAUUUCCACUAAUCGGCCUCAAACAAGCCAUCGCCGUAGCCGCCAUGUGCCUUCAAGAAGAACCUUCUGUUCGCCCUUUCAUGGCAGAUGUUGUGGUAGCCCUCAGCUUCCUCACCGAUGGUCCUCUUCUUUCUGAAAUAUCCAUUCCUCAAGAAAAAAUUCAGCACCAUCCUCCUCAUCCAGUACUGAUCAACACCAUUGAUCCACCAACUCCUUCAACUUCAAGUCUCAGUAAAAGCUCCCACCAUGGGAGCAGCAGAUCAAGUAGCCCAAAGCAUUUACAAAGCUUGCUUGGAUUCAACCAAAGCUCAAGUUCUCUGUACAGCAAUCAGUCUUCUCAUGGGAAUGAAAUUAGUCGUUCCUCUUCAACGGACUCAGUGCAGAGUGAGGACUCUUGUCCCCCUGAAUCUCAUAAUCUGAGUUUGAAAUCUGUGCAUGCAAGCAAUCAAUAUCAAAAUCAAUAUCAUCAUGAAUUUCAAAAGAAGUGCUUCCAAAAUUCUUGGAGCGCACAAGAGAGAUAUCACCACGGAAGUGAGGUUAAAUUGCAGCGUAAUGAAAGUGAUAAUCUUCAACAUCGAGCUCGAGCUCAAGUUAGAGUUACAUCCAUGAGGAAUCUGAAACAUUGAUUGGUUUUUUAUGGUCUGAGCUCGAAAAUGCUGAAACUUUCAUGCUUAUAUUCAUAUAUAGCAUGGAGCUUCAAAGGAAUGGUGGUGCUCAUUGUGCCUUAAUGGCCUGAAGAUUGGAGAGAUGGGGAAUGGGAUGUGAGGUAAAUGGUUAAUUGUAUGAAUAUUUUCAAAUCAUGGAGCACCAUUUACAGAUUUUGUAAUGCCAUCAUUCAUGCAAUCUCUUUUGUGAAGCAUGCCAUCAUAUACAAGUAUAAGGCUGGCAUCCAUGUCGUAGUCUGUUGAUAGGAAAUGAAUUUAUGAUAAUUUUUAGUAGUGGGAGGAUAGAAAUUAAACCACUUCAUGAUAUUUUAUUUUUUGUUUGGAGAUCAAUAUAACUGUGAUGGAGAAC